GCGCGUUUCCGCUUCCGCCAUCGCGGACGCAGCCUCGUGCCGGGAGUCGCCGCAUUGUGGUCCGCUUCUCUGCACUAUGUCGGGUGGCCUCCUGAAGGCGCUGCGCAGCGACUCCUACGUGGAGCUGAGCCAGUACCGGGACCAGCACUUCCGGGUGAGGGAGGCCGGGCCGCGAGACGGGAAGGCCCUGGGCAAGAACGCUGAGAAACGGUUUGCUCUUGUCUCAUUGUGUCGCCUCCCAUUCAGCUGAAAUCCGCAAACGCCAAGUGGGGCCCCGGUGCCUGCUGGCGAGGCAGGGAAUGGGUGCUGGAAGGGCGCUUGGCUAUCACUGAAGCCACUUGCUCUGGAAGACAGGGAAUUGGAGGCUCGCUUAUCCCAUUCGCUCGCAGCCGCUCCCUGUACCCCAGGCAGUGCCGAGAGGUUUGAGCGGUGGUGGCGGCUCCCGUUUCCACGGUUGUGCCUCCGCAGACGACUACGUAGCAAGGGGGAGGGGUGCCCUUCUCUCUCCCAGAGUAGGUGGAGGCGCCUUCCUGAUGCAGAUGCGGGGCUUUUUGCUUUGUUUUUUAAAUCGGCGAAGCAGUGCCCUUCGGCGAUUCGGGCCCCUUCUCUGGGAGGAUGGUGUUACGGAAGCUGUACGCGGGUGACAAUGAAGAACAAGAAAAAUUACUGAAGAAAAGCUGUACGUUAUAUGUUGGAAAUCUUUCUUUUUACACAACUGAAGAACAAAUCUAUGAACUCUUCAGCAAAAGUGGUGACAUAAAGAAAAUCAUUAUGGGUCUGGAUAAAAUGAAGAAAACAGCAUGUGGAUUCUGUUUUGUGGAAUAUUACUCACGCGCGGAUGCGGAAAACGCCAUGCGGUACAUAAAUGGAACGCGUCUGGAUGACCGAAUCAUUCGCACAGACUGGGACGCAGGCUUUAAGGAGGGCAGGCAAUACGGCCGUGGGCGAUCUGGGGGCCAGGUUCGGGAUGAGUAUCGGCAGGACUACGAUGCUGGGAGAGGAGGCUAUGGAAAACUGGCACAGAACCAGUGAGUGGUGAGAGCUCCGUCAGUGACAAACACUCCUUUGGCCUGUUGAAUUUGUUGAAGAACAUCACCUAAAGUCUGCACACGAGCCCAUUUUGACCAAGAUUUGAUCAGUGUCUUUACUGAGCUGGAAGCCUCUGAAAGUUAUUAAAGGACAGAAUCCAAAAGAAUGCCUUUAAUUCUUGUCUGAGAAUCUUGGCCAUGUGUCACAUUAUCAGAACAAUUUUGUUACCAGGUCAGAAAUUGUGUUCUUUGACAACAGAUUGGAUCUGUAAUGUUGAUUAGUCUUUAGCCAUAACCACUACACUUUUAGAAAGACAGAAAAAUUUAAAAAUUUGUUUUUACCAUAAUGAGUCUUAAGUAGGUUCAUGAUCUACAUUGGGGCCUGGGAUGAUUUUUUUAAUUUUAAGUUUGCAUGAGAUAGCCUAAUAAAUGGAGGUGGGGCCAGGCAUGGUGGCUCACACAUGUAAUCCCAACACUUUGGGAGGCUGAGGAGGAAGGAUAGCUUGAGGCCAGGAGUUUGAGACUAGACUGGGCAACAUAGCAAGACCCCGUCUCUACAAAGCAAAACAAAAAACAACAAAUGGGAGUUGUGCUAUGUUGUAUUGCUUUGCACAAAAUUAGGAACAGGUGUUUGACAACUGAAUUUGUUUUCUGUGAAUUCUAACCUCUAAAGGCAUGCUUAGAGGUCAAGGACCUUCCUGUGUAGUUGGUGCAAAAGCAAUCUCCACAGGACAGCACUGCUUCCAUGCUUCAUACAUCAGGAAAUGAGGCCAGAACUUGAGUAUUUACUAACACGUUUUUCAAGAGAUGUCAGUGUUAUACCUAAAGCUAAAAAAAAGCAAGGGUCUGUCAUAGAGGGAACCUCUAAAUAAUUUCAGGGGUAGGGGAGAUGUUGUCAAUAGGAAAUGGGAUAAAAUAUCAAGAGACAAAACACUGCCUUGACAUGAGGACCAGCAAGUUUAUUCUUUUCGUUUUCAGUGAUGUUGGGAACGGACUGGGUUUAAAAAGGGAGCUUGAAGAUGGAAUGUUUAACAGUCACAGAAGGUUCCUGCAGCAGAUGCCUCUUUUAGCCAUUUCUCAUUUUUUUCCUCAAAUUUUACCUACUGAGGCUCAAGCCUUCACAGUGAGCUGAUGGUCUCUACAGGGGAGGGGAGUCUAGGGAAUUUAUUUGGUAUUCGUAAGGCAAGAGGCGAUUUCUCUCUAAUAUAUCUGAGUUACUGCUCAUUUAAAACUGUUAAGUCCAGUAUAAUUUUCCCUGAUAUGAAAAAAUGUGCAUUUUUUUCACUUAGCAACAAAGUACCUUCUAAUUUCCAAUAGUCCGUGAAAGUUGGGGCUGAAGUACCUCAGUGUGAAUGUCUCUCCCGUUAAACUGAGUGUAGAAAUCUGAAUUUUUAAAAGAGCUGUAACUAAGUUGUAAGUGCUUAGGAAGAAACUUUGCAAACAUUUAAUGAGGAUACACUGUUCAUUUUAAAAAUUCCUUCACACUGUAAUUUAAUGUGUUUUAUAUUCUUUUGUAGUAAAACAUAACUCAGAUUUCUACAGGAGACAGUGGUUUUAUUUGGAUUGUCUUCUGUAAUAAUAGGUUUCAAUAAAGCUGGAUGAACUUA